AUGGUCCUUUCUACAAUUCUAGACCCCCUUGUACAGUUUCGUGUCACCACUUGUAAAUCAGCCUUUACCAUUAUCUACUUUUCUCUAGUGUGCGGUGUUGUGUCAAUGACCUCGUGGGCGGGCCAGGCUAGCCUGCGCACGGAACCACUGCACAACCCCGUAGACCUGGUGAUCAUUCAACACAGCGUUUACGGCGCAUGCACCACCGACGAGGACUGUGAGAAAGCUGUGAGGGGAACCCGCGAAUACCAUAUCAACACGAAGGGGUUUACUGACAUAGGAACAUCGUUCCUUGUCGGCGGCAACGGCAAGGUGUACGAGGGCGCAGGCUGGUCGCUGGUCGGCGCGCACACCAGACAAUAUAACAACCGUUCUAUUGGAAUAUCCUUCCUUGGCGAUUUCAGGAAGACCUUGCCGACUUCAGAAGCUCUCCAAGCAACAAAGGACCUUAUCUCCUGUGGCGUAUCGCACAAUUUUCUGGCUCAAAAUUACCGUCUUAUAGGUCAUAAGCAAGUCGUAAAAACUGAGAGCCCGGGCACGGAGCUACAGAAAGAUAUAGAGAUUUGGUCCCACUGGGCAGAAGAUGUAUAGUAAAGAAACAAAAAC